AAUUGUCAAUUUGGCAUAUUCAUGUACCUAAUAGAAGUUUAUUUUAGUUUAAUUCUUUAUCAAUUUAUCAGUGUCUUCAGAGUUCUGUCUUCUACCUACAAAGGUUUUUGAAUAUAAUUUAAUUCACAUUAUCAAAAUGGUUAUCCUCUUGUAAGAUUUUUUAAUAUAUUCCAUAGGUAUCUUUAAAUUUUAGUUUAUCUUCAGUGAUUUAAUCAUUUCGUAAGUUUAUAAAAUAUAUUAAAGUACAGCACUUCACAAAAGGGGCAUCAAAAUCAAAGUAAUAUUUAAAGGUAUUAGACAGAGAAAAAAUUACCAUCGAAACUACGGUCAAGAGAACUCAAUCAUUAAUAUUAAUACUGUGCAAACUGAAUAUUAAUACAAUGUGGUGAAUAUGGAAAUCGUCAGUGACACUUGCCAAUGUGUUAAAUCAAAAUAAAACAAGAAAUAAAAGAAUAUAUUUAUUUUAUCAUGGAUUGGAUUAUAUCUGAUGAAUUGGGGCUAACUGUAGGCCAUCUUGUUGGCUGGGGAGCAGCAGGAGCUAUGAUUAUCGGAGGUAUUGCGCCUUACAUUCCACAAUAUAAACAAAUUAAAAAGACUCAAGAUGCAGAGGGCUUCUCAUUGUAUGUGUGUUUAACACUGUUAAUAGCCAACACACUCAGAAUUUUAUUCUGGUUUGGGAAGCGGUAUGAGAUACCUCUUCUAAUACAAAGUAUUGUAAUGAAUAUAACAAUGUUCAUAAUGAUUCAUCUGUGUGUUAAUGUGAGGAAAAAGAAUCAAAUCAUAAGAGCUAGAGAGAGAAUAUUUACUGGUGCAAUAUUCAUGUUAUAUAUACUAUUGUGUUGUACAAAUGGCUCAGCUCAGCCAGAUGAAACUGCGCGCUGGCUCGGGCAGCAGAGCGGCGUCACGGGCGGAGAGAAGCCACGUCGCUUCUACGAUAUGGAUAGAAAAUAUUUUUGGGCUUGGACUGACUUCCAGAGUUAUGUAGACUGUAUGUUGGUCUUCUCGGUGCUUGGGUCGGCUAUUACGUAUUUAUUAAUAGAAUUUUCCCCAUUCGUCGAACUAAUUGGCUUCCUAGCUGUAUUCACAGAGGCUAUGCUAGGUGCACCUCAGAUUGCGAAAAAUCACCAAAAUAAAAGUACAGAAGGAAUGAGUGUCAGUAUGGUUAUAAUGUGGACUUUUGGUGACAUCUUCAAGACUGCUUACUUUGUGAUCAGAGAAGCGCCGACACAGUUCUGGGUUUGCGGCAGCCUACAAGUGACGCUAGAUAUCGUCAUUCUUCUCCAAGUGUGGUGGUACAGGCACAACACGGCGGCGGCUCGCCGCUUGCGCCGCGGGGAUUAGCAGUGGACCGAGACUGACUUAUAGCACUCGCUGAACGCCUUCCGCGUGUACUGGCCGCCGCUGUGCCACAUCUUCCAUUCCUUAUGACCAAUACACGCAUAGACUGUUACGGCUCUGUGACCGUUUUAGUAUUAACACGUCUCUCCCUGAGCCAGCGCAAGCUAAAAUCGCCUUUAAACACUUCCCCUUUAAGUUUAAUUUACGUAGUGACGUAAUAUUGAAAAAUUUGUAUUUCGAUUACGGAGGCUGCGAACGGAAUGUAAUGAAUACGCUCGACGAGCUGGCGGACUCUGGUGCAGAAAUGAUCCAACUCACAUCGAGUCUGAAAUUUAACUAUUCGCGGGUUAACGGCUAUUGAAGUUAGUCUCAUUGUUUUAUAGAACGAGGGUUUUUGGGUCGUGAUUUUUGUUAUGUAGUGGGAUGGAUGAUUUUUGUAUGUGGAGUCUCAUUGUAUGUGUAUAUUUAGUAAGUAAAGGCAGCCAUAGGAACGGUUCGCAUGAACUAAUUUUGUCGUUUUCAUUAUAUUUUGGUAUGGUGCUAUUGCUGUCGAACCAAUGAGACUACUUUUUUUUAUUUGUCUUAGUGUGAAUAUAGGUACAAAUUUAUAAAAUAUAUUAAUCUUUAAAUAAUUAUUUAUUGUGAUGUGUGUUGUUUAAUGUUUAUAUUGUUUUAUACAUAAUAUAUUAUAGAAUUGAUGACGUUUUCAUAGCUAUAUGUACCAUAUAUUACUAUUUCAUAAGAAUACUUCGAAAUUGAUAGUCGUUUAAAAGGCCUUAUUCAACCAAUUUUAAUAAGUAGUAAGAAACAAUCAAAGAAAUAUGAUACAUUUCAAAGGUAAGAUUAAUUUAUUUUCUCUAGAUUGGAUGAUAAAAUUAAUUAUUAUAAAAAUAUGCUGCACAAUAAAAUUAUAUUAACACUGUUUAAAGCUUUAUGUAGAAAAUAGAUAUAGUAUUUUUAUAUAUUUUGAUUAAUACUUUAAUUGUUAAGCUUUAUUCCGAUUGCAGAUAAUAAGUACACAAGCAAUGCGUUUAUAUUAUGACAUUUUACAUUUCAAUUGCAUUUUAUUGUCAAAAACGUAAUGUACCUACCUAUUUUAAAAACGUCUAGAAUUUACCUAGCACUUCUACCGGAUUAGUGGGUACAUGAUACAAUUAUCCAGUAUUACGAAGUAUUUUCAAUGCUCGAAUGCUCGAAGACUUUAAAUACCCAUUGUACAUUGUAUAAUUUAACCAGUUUUAAGUUUUUGAUAGAAAAUGUAAAUUUUAAUUGUAGCAGAAUAUUUUAUGAUAUAUCUAUUUCUCGAUUGCUCGUUCAAUCUGAUUUAUUGAGAAAAUAAAUACUAUAUCAAGCAAAUUAAGCUAGUUUAAUGGGAAAGAAGUACAGUUAGUCAUCAUAUUUCUUCCUUUUGUAGGAAAUUGUACCUCAAUAUGACGUUGUUGUACUAUAUAAAUUUUUUAAGUCAUUAGUGUAAAGAUUAAUUUUAAUGUACGUGACAGUUAUGUCAUGUAUUUUAUUUUUUGUAUAUUAUGUUAUUCGACAUUUCUCGUAGCGUUCUCAGCUAAUAAUUCUUAUAAAUGCAGUUGUAGUGUUAUAUUUUAGUAUUAAAAUCAAUUGUAAUUAUGAUUUGUCCAGAAAUGUACGUUGCAUUUAUGCAUAAAAGUGAUCAUAAAACGAUUUGACUGCGCCGCAAAAUUGAGAGAAAUUCAACAUGUGAUACAUAUCAUAAAUAUGUAUAAUAAUAAAUAUGUAUUUAAAUGAUAUUAAGACAUCUAAUUUUUUUAUUAACAAAUGAAGUUGACGUUAUUAGUCAAUUAACGAAAUAAUUUAUUGCAAGUUAAGAAACGUACAUAUGUUGUGAUUUUAGAAGUUAACCAUUCUUAUUCAUAUUAUUACAUUAAUAAAGUUGUUUGUUUAUA